UCAAGAUGGCGACCCGGCGAGACGUAUGCGUCAUUUCCGGCCUUACGAAAUAUAUAAAGAGCAGGAUUUGCGCUUUCACUUUCCCAGCUUUAAAGAUUUCUCCGCCCCAACAUGCCGCUCGCGAAAGACCUCCUACACCCCUCUCCCGAGGAGGAGAAGCGCAAACACAAGAAGAAGCGCCUGGUGCAGAGUCCCAACUCGUAUUUCAUGGAUGUAAAGUGCCCGGGGUGCUAUAAAAUCACCACUGUCUUCAGCCAUGCACAAACGGUGGUUCUCUGUGUCGGAUGCUCCACUGUCCUCUGUCAGCCUACUGGAGGAAAAGCAAGACUUACAGAAGGAUGUUCCUUCAGACGGAAGCAGCACUAAUGACAGAUUCAGGAUGAGUAAGGAACUAUAAAAAAUAAACUAAAUUUGAUACA